AUGCGCUUAUGGAAAGAAAUUCGGCACAUUGACGUUAACACGUUGCAGAGACACCGGAGACUGCGACAUCCCACUCGAAUAGUAAUCCGUUGCAACAGCACAGAGAAAUGCGGCCAUGCAAUCCUCACUGUUGACACAGCAUCGGAGAACAAUAUUAUAUCUCACCACCUCUUUAAGUCGGUACUCCACGAGCCUAUCCAGAGUAUCGAUGCGGACUCUCCCCACAGCCCGCACAAUACCAUACGAUCAUCCGAGGAAUCAGUGAGGGGAUACGUGGAUUUGGUCUGGUAUCUGGAGGAUGACUCUAAUAUAGAGUAUCAGAGUCGCUUUUUUGUCGUCUCUUCCCAGAAUCCUCCAUACGACGCGGUAUUGGGACGCAGGGACGCAGAGCGGUACGGCAUCCUCAAACCAAGACUCAGACAUUAG